CUUGAGGGUGGAGGGGAUUUAAUUAAACUCUGCUGUACGUCUCGUCUUCAGCGUUUGUCAAACAUGGCUGCUCAGUGUGUAACCAAAGUGGAGCUCACUGUGUCCUGUGAGAACCUCCUGGACAAGGACAUCGGCUCCAAAUCAGACCCUCUGUGUGUGCUGGUAAUGUGCAGCGCCAACGAUCAGUGGUAUGAGGUGGCUCGUUCAGAGAAAGUCCAGAACUGCCUCUGUCCAAAGUUUGCCAAAAAGUUUGUUGUCGACUAUUACUUUGAAAUAGUUCAGAAGCUGAAGUUUGGCAUUUAUGACAUUGACAACACGACCGUUGACCUGAGUGAUGAUGACUUCCUGGGGGAGCUGGAGUGCACCCUGGGACAGGUUGUAUCCAGUAAGAAGCUGACCAGGCCUCUGGUCUUAAAGAACAAGACGCCAGCAGGAAAGGGGACGAUCACAAUCAGUGCUGAAGAAAUUAAAGAUAACAGGGUGGCAAAUUUUGAGGUGGAGGCGAGGAAGCUGGAUAACAAGGAUUUCUUUGGGAAGUCCGACCCUUACCUGGAGCUCUACAAGCAGACAGAGACUGGAUGGCAGCUGGCUCACAGGACGGAGGUGGUGAAGAAUAACUUGAAUCCAACAUGGAAGCCUUUUCGGAUCCCGCUUCAGUCUCUCUGUGGAGGAGACCUGGACAAACCAAUAAAAGUUGAGUGUUACGACUAUGACGAUGAUGGCUCACACGAUCUGAUCGGAUCCUUCGAGACCACGAUGAAGCGUCUUCAGGAAGCAUCACGGACGUCUCCGGCAGAGUUUGAAUGCAUCAAUGGCAAAAAGAAGCAAAAGAAGAAAGGCUACAAGAACUCUGGCGUUGUGAGCGUGAAACUCUGCCAGGUCGUGAAGGAGUACAGCUUCCUGGAUUAUAUCAUGGGUGGUUGUCAGAUCAACUUCACCGUGGCUAUAGACUUCACGGGCUCCAAUGGAGACCCCAGGUCUCCUCAGUCUCUGCAUUACAUCAGCCCUCAGGGUGUUAACGAGUACCUCACCGCUAUCUGGUCUGUGGGCAACGUCAUCCAGGACUAUGACAGUGAUAAGAUGUUUCCUGCAUUUGGCUUUGGCGCUCAGAUUCCACCGACGUGGCAGGUUUCCCACAAGUUCCCUCUCAACUUCAACCCAUCAAAUCCAUUUUGUACAGGCAUUGAGGGGGUGGUGGAGGCCUACAGGGCAUGUUUACCUCAGGUCAAACUAUACGGUCCUACAAACUUCUCACCGAUCAUCGACCACGUAGCCUGUUUUGCGAAUCAAGCCCUCCAGCAGACCACCGCAUCCCAAUACUUUGUCCUGCUCAUCAUCACUGACGGAGUGAUCACAGACAUGGAUCAGACACGCAGCGCCAUCGUUAACGCCUCCCGGCUGCCCAUGUCCAUCAUCAUCGUCGGGGUGGGAGGGGCAGACUUCAGCGCCAUGGAGUUCUUGGACGGAGACAACGGCCGCCUGCGCGCUCUGACGGGCGAGACCGCCGUGAGGGACAUCGUCCAGUUUGUGCCGUUCAGGCAGUUUCAGAACGCUCCUCGUGAGGCUCUGGCGAAGACCGUGUUGGCCGAAGUACCAAUUCAGCUCGUGGAAUUCUUCAGCACCAUGAAACUGAAUCCACCCAACUCUAGUCCUGCUCAGAACCCUGCUGGGACUGUGUGACACCAUGAAGAGGUCGAGCCCGCCUCCCGGAGACAUCAGCUACUCUUUUUUUUUUUAAUUUUUAAAUUUUAUUUUUUUAUGCACUUACCCACCCCCCUCCUGUUUUAGUUCACCCCCAGCCAAUCAAACACCGGGUCUGAACACACCAGAUGCUGGUGUUUUUAAUAUUCAUGACUCUUGAUUUAGCUACAAAUCAUUCCAGUAACGAGACCAUGCUUAGUGCAAGUUUACAUCCAAAUAAUGAACAUUACCCUUCAGUGUUUCAGUAAUGUUUACUGAAGAGAAACAUCUUUUAAGAGUUGUCCUUUAACCCACAAGCUAGGCUGCGUUGUACGUUUAAUAUCUGUCGUCUCUCUAAAAUAAAACAUCAGCCAUUAUCAAACUAUAGUUUUUUCUCUUCAAAAUAAAGCUCCCUCUUGCUUCCUGCUUCAGUAAACUCAAAUAUAGUUUAUUUUAACCCUUAAAUAAUUAAUUUAUUCAUUUUAUGACCAUU